AUGUUGUCGAGUCUCGGAAACCCACGCCAGGCGGCGUCGCAGCUGCUCAACUUUGCCCUCAUCCUUUCCACCGCUUUCAUGAUGUGGAAGGGUCUCUCCGUCGUUAGCGAUUCGCCGUCUCCCAUCGUCGUUGUUCUUUCCGGUAGUAUGGAACCGGCCUUCCAAAGAGGAGACUUGCUCUUCCUCUGGAACCGAAACUUCCUCCAAGAAACGGAUGUCGGCGAGAUUGUUGUGUAUGAGGUGAAGGGAAAGAACAUUCCGACCGCAAGCGAAGCUACUCACGAAGGGAGACAACAAUGCGGGUGCGUACUAGACUUGGGCGAGUACCUUGCGGCGGAAGCUAACAGGAAAUCAGGAGCCGACCAAGAACUGUACGCCAAGGGCCAGGACUUCCUCGUACGAAGCGACAUUAUCGGUUCAGUCGUCGCAUACAUUCCCUUCGUUGGAUACGUCACCAUCCUCCUCUCUGAGCACCCGUGGCUCAAGACGGUAAUGCUGGGAAUCAUGGGUUUGGUCGUUGUACUGCAGCGGGAGUAA